AUGAGCAUUCACGUCAACUUUUCUACACACGGCAAAGAGAUAAACGAUGCAUUGCAAGCUGUCUUGAGUGACAAUGACGCCACCAAUUGGCUUGUACUUGCUUAUGACAAGGGCACCAACGAUCUACGUCUACAGGACACCGGUGAUGGUGGUCUCGAGGAACUUAAUGACGAGUUCUUUGACGGCAAAAUGCAGUACGCUUACACUCGCGUUAUCGACCCCAACACUGAACUACCCAAGUAUGUCUUUAUUGCCUGGUGCGGCAGUGGUGUUCCAGAGACGCGAAAGGGUUUCUUUAACUCUCACUUGAGUGAAGUGUCAAGGUUCUUUAAGAGCUUCCAUGUACAAAUCAAUGCACGCGAUGAGGCUGAUGUCGAUCCGGAUCUUAUCAUGAAGCGCGUUUCCGAGUCAUCAGGUGCCAAUUACAGUGUACACAAGGAGCAACGCAAACCACAACCUGCCAUUACGCCUGUUAACUCGGUGUACAAAAAGACGAAGAUUCCUGAUAUUGCUGCUAUGCAACGUGAAUCCAUGCGACGAGAAGGAGCCCCAGCACCCGUGGGUACCAAUUACAAACCUGUUCAAACGGCACCCAAGCCAUUGGCAAGUCGUUGGAAUGCUGCUACUCAGUCUCAAAGUGAUGGUGGAGCUGCCGCUGUGCGUGCUGAACGUGAAAGAUUUGAGCGUGAACAACGUGAACGCGAGGAACAAUCAGCAAGAGCUCAAGUGCAACGUGAUCAAGAUGCUGAACAACAACAACGUGCUGCUGCUGCUGCUGCUGAGGAGGCUGAAGCACAACGACGUCAACAAGAAGAGGAUGAACGACGUCGUGUAGAAGAACAACGUCGUGCUGCAGCAGCUGAAGAAGAUCGUCGUCGUCAACAACAAGAACAAGAAGAAGCUCGUAGACAACAAGAGGAACAAGAACGUCGCGCUGCUGAAGAAGAGGAACAACGUCGUCAACAUGAGGAAGAACAACGUCGUGCUGCUGCUGCUGCUGCUGCUGCUGCUGAGGAAGAAGAUCGUCGUCGUCAAGAAGAGCAACAACGUCUUGCUGAACAACAAAGAAAAGAAGCUGAAGAAGCAAAACGUUUGGAAGAAGAACGACUUCAGGCCGAGGAACAUGCUCGUCAACAACAACAACAACAGCAAGAAGCUGCAUUGCAUGGACAAUUGGAUGAUACCGCAGAUCGUGCUGUUCAUGCCGCAACGGCAGCUGCUGGUAGUGCAGUGGGUCAUCCUAGCAAUGGUUUGUCAGCUGUGGUCCUCUUUGGAUAUGCUGCAGGCGAGGAAAAUGAAAUGACAUUGAACGAAGGUGAAGUGGUGGUACAAAUCGAUCAAGUUGAUGAAGGAUGGUGGUUCGGUAUGAGCGAGGAUGGCAAGCGACAAGGUCUUUUCCCAGCCAACUAUGUGCAAGUCUUAGAAGAAGAGCCACAAGCUCCUCCUCCUGCUCCUCCUGCGCCCCCAGCUCCAGCAGCAGCUCCAGCAGCAGCUCCUCAAUCUGCACCUGCACCAGCACAUACUUCCCCUCCUCCCAAGCAAGAUCAAGGCGCCACAGCAAUUGCACUUUAUGACUAUGAUGCUGGUGAAGAUAAUGAGAUUUCAUUCAGAGAAGGUCAACUUAUCACGUAUAUUGAAUUUGUGAGCGAUGAUUGGUGGCAAGGUGUGGCUGCUGAUGGAAGGACAGUAGGCCUAUUCCCAGCCAAUUAUGUAGAGUUGCAGAAAUAG